AUGAUUUUAUCCCAAUUAUGUAAGAAAAGCGAACUUUCUUACGAUGAAAUAGAAGCAUCGAAUGAUCAUCGUUCAAAAAAACACAAAAAAGCUGAUUCAUUCGAUGAUAUCGAAUCUGAAACAAUCCGAAAAAAUAAGUUAGGAGAACUGCAUCGAAAAAUAGAGGAAAUGAAUGCAUUGAUGCGCGAUGAUGAAAACGCUGAUAUAGGCAAGAUUACAAAAGUUUUUAAAAAUUUACGGAAAAUUAUCAGUAAAUAUCAAGAAACUUUAAAAACCAAAGUCCGUGAGAUCGAACAACGCAAAAAGCCAUCAACUACAGAAUAUAAGACUUUAAUCGAAAAGAUAACACAAUUCCUUCGACAUGAAUACGAUGAUCAAUCAGUAGAAAGAAUCGAUAAAUUAUCAGCUGAUGUCGAACUAUUUAAACAACAAAUAGUCACAUUGAAAACAACAAAGAAAUUCGAUUAUUGUAUUGAUGAAUUAAACGAACUAGAAGCUAAGAUUAACACUGUGCUUGAUCAUUCAUGUGUUACGGAAUUUAAAACCGCAGGUACCUAUGGUCAGCUGAGCUGCCGAGGUCGUGCGUGUAAUGUUUGCAGUAAAUGUCGUGAUUGGUACUAUAUUGGUGACCGAAGAACCUGGGAGUGGAUAGUAAAUGAAAAUGAAUGGGAUGAAGAAGAUCGCCAGCGUUGGGACGACGGCGAAUAUACGGAGCGUUUCCAAGAACGUCAAGGUUCCACAUGUACAGCUCAUUUCGGUUAUUACUAUGAUCGCCAGCGUGAAUAUCAUGGGGGUCAUAUUACUUCUUAUAUGGACUGUGAGUGUGGGCAAGGCUAUGAUACUUGUUUUAUCCAGCAUGGACGUGACGGUCGUGGUUAUCGUUAUCGUUAUAUUACUAAAAAUCAUCCUUAUUGUCAGUGUGAUGAGAAUGUUAAGGAAAAAUUAUUUGUUCGUUAA